CUGCCUCCCCUUCAGGCGAGAGUCCCAACAACCGCAAGACACAAGCUGUCUUCCCCACAGAGGCUCCUGGUCCUCCUCUUCUGACCACCCGGCUGGUUCUGACAAGAUUUGGAGGCCUCCCACAAUCUAUACAAAGCCUUCAGGGUGGAUGUUCUUGAAAGAAGCGAGUUCAAAUCCUCCAGAGAGAAUUUUCUCCAUCUCCACCGACAAUUCCUGGACAGGAAAGGAGAGGAAGAUGGAGAAAUUGCUGCCUCUGGAGACCACGAUGCUUUUCUUGGGCAGGGAGGAACUGUUAGGGGCUUUCCACACUACUCCCAUGUCCAUCAUCCCUGUACUGUCCGUUCUCCUCAGGCGCGCUCCUGUUUCCCGCCCUUUCUACAAUCCUGGCACUUUGCGCCAAACCCACCAGGGGGCACCAUCGGAUACAGAAACUGGAAGCCAUUGGUGGUCUUUGCAAGGCAAACUUUUCUCUUGUGGCGAAAAAAAGAGCGGAAUCCCUUGGAGGGAUCAGUCCUGCAGCCCCAGAAAUGGUCCCGUGAAGGAAAAGGCAUCUGGAGACCCACCAGAGUCCUUGGAGCCAUUUGGAGCUGCUCCGCAGGACAGAGAAAGGAUGGAGACACAACCUUUUGGAAAGGAGGGAAGCGGAAAAGGCCCUUCAGCUGCUCAGCCUGGGAAGGCGGGGAAGCUCUGGACAAGGACUGGGCAGGAGAUCCUGGAGGAGGAAACCAUCCUCCCUUCAGACGUUCAGCCCUGGCAGUUCAUCCAAUGGCAGGAAGCUGAGAGUCCCCGAAGAUUUUGCAGCCAUCUCCAUGACUUUAGCAGGCAAUGGCUGAAAUCAGAAAAGCACACCAAAGAGCAGAUGCUGGAUCUGAUGGUUCUGGAGCAGUUCCUGGCUCUUCUGCCCCCAGAGAUGGAGAGCUGGGUGCGGGAAUAUGGAGCAGAGACCAGCUCCCAGGCGGUGGCCCUGGUGGAAGGCUUCCUCCUGAGCCAGGUGGAGGAGCAGAAGGAGCAGGUCGAGUUGCAGUGCUGCACUGUGGAGAUCAGGGAUCCUGAGGGAAAGAAGAAUCCAUCAAAUCCCCCACAGGAGCUAUUUUUCAGGAGGAGCCCUAUGGAAGAUCAAACUCAGGACAGCUCAGGAGAGAAACAAAGAAUGGAAUUUUCUGGUUUUUAUGACAGAGAUCAAACAGUGGCUGAACCUUCAAAUCAAGAGAGUCUUGUGUCCUUCGAGGAGGUGGCUGUUUAUUUCUCUGAGGAGGAAUGGUCUCAGCUGGAUCCUGACCAAAAAGCGCUGCAUUCGGAAGUCAUGCUUGAAAACCAUAGGAAUGUAGUCUCUCUGGGUAAUAAUGAGCAGGAGAAUCAAGAUUCCUGUGAACUGUUCCAAGUGAUCAAUGCUAAAGAUGGAACAGAGAAGUUUGGAAUUCAAAUGGAAUUCAAAAGCCAUGAGAAAAACCAGUCAAAUAAUUGGGAUGAGGAAAGCUCAUCUUUCACUGAUGCUCUGAUGCAAGACUUUCUUGCCCAACAAGAAAAAAUAAGGGAAAAAUAUACUGGAAAAAGUGUGAAGCUAAUCAACGCUAAAUUACAAGUAAAAGAACACAUUUUAACCCAAAACAAAGGAGAAGAUGCUAUAAAAAGACAAAGUUACAAUGGGACGUUCAUUCCUUCUCUUGGAAAUAAGUCCCUUACAUCUCAAAAAGUGAUUGACACAAGAGAGAAGCCUUAUAAAUGUUUGGAAUGUGGAACAUGUUUCAGAACAAGCAGGCAACUUACCUCCCACGAAAGGAUCCACACUGGGGUGAAGCUAUACAAAUGCAGAGAAUGUGGUAACAGGUUCACAAGAUGUAGUAGUCUUAUUUCCCAUAAAAGGAUCCAUUCAGGAGAGAAACCAUAUAAAUGCAUGGAGUGCGGAAAGACCUUUACUGAAAGAGGUAAUCUUAUUUCUCAUAAAAGGAUCCAUUCAGGAGAGAAACCAUAUAAAUGUCUGGAGUGUGGAAAGACUUUUGCUCAAAAAAGUAACCUUACUUCCCAUAAAAGGAUCCACUCAGGAGAGAAACCAUAUAAAUGCAUGGAGUGCGGAAAGACCUUUGCUCAAAGAAGUAAUCUUACUUCCCAUAAAAAUGUCCACUCAGGAGAGAAACCAUAUAAAUGCAUGGAGUGUGGGAAAACUUUUGCUUAUAGUAGUGGACUUACUAUCCACAAAAAGCUCCAUACAGGAAAAAAGCCAUUUAAAUGCAUGGAGUGUGGAAAGACCUUUACUCAGAUCAGUAAUCUCAGAAUACACAAAAAGAUCCACACAGGGGAGAAGCCAUUUAAAUGCAUGGAAUGUGGAAAGACCUUCACUCGAAGAGGUCCACUUAUUUCCCAUAAUAUGAUCCACACAGGGAAGAAGCCGUAUAAAUGCACACAGUGUGGGAAAACCUUUACUCAUAACAGUCGACUUACUAACCACAAAAAGAUCCACACAGGAGAGAAACCAUAUAAAUGCAUGGUGUGUGAGAAAACCUUUACUCAUAGCAGUGUACUCAGUAACCACAAAAAGAUCCACACAGGAGAAAAGCAGUAUAAAUGCACGCAGUGUGGGAAAACCUUUUCUCGUAGCAGUGGACUUACUAUACACAAAAAGCUCCACACAGGGGAAAAGCCUUUUAAAUGCAUGGAGUGUGGAAAGACCUUUGCUCAAAGAGGUCAGCUUAUUUCCCAUAAGAUGAUCCACACAGGGGAGAAACCAUAUAAAUGCAUGCAGUGUGGGAAAACCUUUACUCGUAGCAGUGGACUUACUAUGCACAAAAAGAUCCACACAGGGGAAAAGCCAUUUAAAUGCAUGGAGUGUGGAAAGACCUUUGCUCAAAGAGGUCAUCUUAUUUCUCAUAAGAUGAUCCACACAGGGGAGAAACCAUAUAAAUGCAUGAAUUGUGGAAAGACAUUUGCUCGAAAGUAUGGUCUUACUUGCCAUAACAAAAUCCACACAGGAGAGAAACCAUAUAAAUGCAUGGAAUGUGGAAAUACUUUUGCUCACAGAGGUCAUCUUAUUUCCCAUAAGAUGAUCCAUACAGGGGAGAAGCCAUAUAAAUGCAUGCAGUGUGGGAAAGCGUUUACGCAUAGCAGUGGACUUGGUAACCAUAAAAAGAGCCACACAGGAGAAAAGCCAUAUAAAUGUAUGGAGUGUGGAAAGGCCUUUGCUCAAAGAUAUCACCUUAAUUGCCAUAAGAUGAGCCACACAGGGGAGAAACCGUAUAAAUGCAUGGAAUGUGGAAAGAGCUUUGCUCAGAAAGGUAGUCUUUCUUCUCAUAAAUGGAUCCACUCAGGAGAGAAACCGUACAAAUGCAUGAAGUGUGGAAAGACCUUUGCUCAAAGAAAGACUCUUAUUUCCCAUAAGGUGAUCCACACAGGGGAGAAGCCAUAUAAAUACACGCAGUGUGGGAAAAUCUUUACGCAAAGCAGUGGACUUACUAUGCACAAAAAGAUCCACACAGGAGAAAAGCCGUAUAAAUGCAUGGAGUGUGGAAAGACCUUUGCUCAAAGUGGUCAUCUUAUUUCCCAUAAGAUGAUCCACACAGGGGAGAAGCCAUUUAAAUGCAUGGAGUGUGGAAAGACCUUCGCUCAAAGUGGUCAUCUUAUUUCCCAUAAGAUGAUCCACACAGGGGAGAAGCCAUAUAGAUGCAUGGAGUGUGGAAAGACCUUUGCUCAAAGUGGUCAGCUUAUUUCCCAUAAGAUGAUCCACACAGGAGAAAAGCCGUAUAAAUGCAUGGAGUGUGGAAAGACCUUCGCUCAAAGUGGUCAGCUUAUUUCCCAUAAGAUGAUUCACACAGGGGAGAAGCCAUAUAAAUGCAUGGAGUGUGGAAAGACCUUUGCUUACAGAAGUGGACUUACUAUACACAAAAGGUGCCACACAGGGGAGAAGCCAUUUAAAUGCAUAGAAUGUGGAAAUACCUUUGCUCAAAUAGGUCAUCUUAUUUUACAUAAGGUGAUCCAUACAGGGGAGAAGCCAUUUAAAUGCUUGGAGUGUGGCAAUACCUUUGCUCGAAGAUAUCAUCUUAACUGCCAUAGGAUGAGCCACACAGGGGAGAAACCAUAUAAAUGCAUGAAUUGUGGAAAGACAUUUGCUCGGAAGUAUGGUCUUACUUGCCAUAACAAAAUCCACACAGGGGAGACCAUAUAAAUGCAUGGAAUGUGAAAAUAGCUUUGCUCAGAAUGGUAUUCUUACUUCUCAUAAAAGGAUCCAUGCUCAGGAGAAAAUAUAUAGCAAUAGCAAUUCCACUUAGACUUAUAUACCACUUCACAAUGCUUUACAACACUCUCUCAGCAGUUUAAAAAGUCAGUAUAUGCUCCCCAGCAAUUUGGGUCCUCAUUUUACACACCACAGAAGGAUGAAAACUGAAUCAACUAUGACCCUGUCAGAAUCAAACUACUGGCUGUGGGCAAUUAGUCUAUAGUACUGCAUUCUAAGCACUGACCCACCAUGUCCCUAUAGAUUUUUAUCUGUCUGCAUAUUGUACCUUUCUGAUCCAAAGGAGACAAGGUUGAAUCCAAGAAAAGGAAAUUUAAUGUGGAGAAAAGUAAGCUUUUACACCUGGGCAGGAAAAACAGAUUACCUGAAACCUGGCUCAAAAAUAGUAACUGUGAAGGGUCCUUGGAGUCUGAAUGGGUGAUCACUUAAGCAUGAGUCACCUGUGUGUGGCAGCUGAUUUUAAAAAAGUGAAUACAGGACUUCUGGUUUGGCGUUGCGGCGAGAUAGUCGGGGAAAUAAUGGGCUCUGAUGAGCGCUGCGAAAACCCCGGCUGCCGAACCACUGCCGAUGGGUCUUCGGACCGGAACCAUCCUGCAGGGACGGGGAAGAAAGAGGGGCACCUCGGAUGACCAAGGGGAACAGGCAAGUUCCUCGGAGGUCAGAGGGAACCCUCUGUGAGUCGGCGGCGGGGGGUAGCAGCCAUGGCGGCUGCCACAAAGCUGGGACAACUGGGCUAAGAGAUGUGCAGGAGGAAAGUGGAUUGAAACGGAGCUCUUUAAAGCUGGGUGAGUGACAACCAACUCAGGCUUGUAACAAUGCUUAGAGCAAUAUUAUUAACCAUAAGACCCCUAGCCAUAAAACAGUGGCUCUACAACAAAGGGGCAAUGGAAAGUUUAAAAUGUAACUUUAAAGAGACAAAGACCCAACAAACAACUAAUUUUUGAACAGAACCAAUUGAAAAAAUUAAAUAUUGAGACGUGGUGAAAAGACUGGACAGAGUUUUAAAAUUUGAGCAGGACCUUUAAAAAGAAGAUUUGAUAUUUUUAAAAUUUAAAGAAGAAGAGUAAUCAAGUUGGACUGUUAUAUAAUUGAAACAAAAUGGAUACUUGCAUGACUAAUGGAAAUUGUGGAUUGUAUAGAGACACCUUCUGGUUCAAAAAGGAACAUUGUAACUUGUUUUUUGUUAUGGAAAAUUGUGAACUCUACAGAUAAUAGCCAUGGGAUUGUGUGGAGGAGGUUUUUCUUCUUGUCUGCAGGCAGCUUGACUUUGGUGAAAAGAAAGGGAAACUUUCCCGGAUCUACACACCUUUCGCCGCGCUCUUAAGACUUUCCUAUUUCAACAGGCCAACCUGGCCUAACUUUUUCUUUUCCUUUUUAAUUCUAAUGAUGAAUUUUAAAUUUGACUUAAAAACAUUGGGGUUGUUUAAAUUGUCAUAGGCCAAAUUAUUUAAUCAGAUUUUAUAUUGUUUUUAAAUUUUGUAAUUUAUGUGUUUUAUCUGGCUGUUCACUGCCCUGAGUCCUGCGGGAGUAGGGUGGCAUAUAAAUCUAAUAAAAUAAAUAAAAGUAAAAAUAAAUAAAAUAUAA